AUGAUGGAUGGGUUGCUAAGGAUGAACGAUGUGGAAACAUCGUUUGCCCGCAGUACACCGUAUGCGAGCCCAUUGAUGGUAAGGGGUAAGCCAGGAGAGACGAAAUGUGUUUGUGCGAGCGGAUUUCAAGCUGUGGGCUCCUCUGUGGAUGAACAGGGUCGACUUAUAGAACUCUGUGAAGACAUUGACGAAUGCGCGUUAUAUCCAUGUCCUACAGUUGAAGAAUGUAAGAAUACGCCGGGAGGUUUUAUUUGUACUCGAGAUCCAACUAUUGCGACAUGUCCGAGCGGUUCGAAAAUUGUCGUAACAGGACCAUAUUCCUACAAGUGUGAAUGUAGUUGGAUAUAUGCUGGCUCUGACUGCCGAUUUCAAACUGCUCUGACGAUAAUUUUCGAUCCAGGAAAUUUUUUAUUUGAAUGGGAGUUAGCACGGAAUGCCAGUAAUGACCUAACACGAUAUUACGGCGGACAAUUGACUAUGGAUUUUGAGUCAUUGAUGAGUCGCUAA